UAUGCACUUACAGAGACCCUAGCUCUUGAAGAAGCUGUGGAUGUGGCAAUCAAAAUGACUAAAUCGGACGAGACGCUGAUAGUUGUCACGGCCGAUCACUCGCACGCCUAUCAUGUGGUGGGCUACGCGACUCGUAAUCAAAGUGUUCUAGGUGUCGAUGAUACAGACCAAGGUGCCGACAAAAUGCCCUAUUUGAUUUCGAACUACGCAAACGGUCCCGGAGCACAGAUCAACAAAUCCCGUCCGAAUCCACUGAACGCAGGAAAUUUGUUCGAGAAGAGUUAUCAACAACAGUCACUUGUUCCCCUGGACUUUUCGACUCAUGAAGCUGACGAUGUGCCACUGUACGCCACCGGACCGUACAGUCAAUUAUUCAGACGCCCGACGGACAACACCUAUCUCACCUACGCGACCAUGUUCGCUCUGUGUUUGGGACAGUAUGAGAAGGAAACGCAUUGUAACUCAGGUUUCACCCUCAUGACUGGAACAGGGUCUUAUUUAUUCCCGAUCAUAUCUAUCCUUUUCACAUACUUCGUACAGAAACAUUGA